UUUCUCGUAGAGAUAUAAACACUCGGCACACACGUGUAGCUGGACGCAGCUCUAAGUUGUCUUUGUCUAAUUAAUUUUGGUGAUAAAUAAUUAUUAAGAAUGAAAGUGGAAGCAGAAAUUGAGGAGGUGGUGAUUGAGCCUCGGAAAAUUCAACCGAUAAUUGUUAACUUCCAAAAUGGACAAUUAAAAGACACAGAAGCGCGGAAAAUGAAGUCAGGAGUGUUUUACGACGAGAAGAAGAAGAAAACCCUUGUGGCAAUGUCCAACGGUCAAGUGGUAUACCGAGGCUACCGUCCAGAUCCUGCGAAAGAGCUGACCUACACGAUGCUGGCGGUCCACAACAGAAAGACUGGCAAAGUUCGACUAAUCCAGGCGGAGCGGUGGCAGGUCGCUCCUGUGCUGGACCGAGAGCCCGAGAGGAAGGACGAGAUCGAUGGCAACAGACUCAUGAUGCUCAACAGAACGUUCGGGUCCAAGAAGGUCAAACGAAGGACUGAGCAGUACGAGAAAAUGAAGGUCAAUGUGGAUGCUGUCCAGCAGCAGCUGGAAGAGACUGUUUCCAACGUGGAAAUUGACAGAGACGACCUCACGAGUAAAAUUGAUGACCAAUCCGCACACUUACCUCCAUGCAACAGAGAUGCAGCACUCGUGGAAGAGGUUUAUAAUCUUCAUGACAUCAUCCCCAAGGAUCUCCUGAAGGCACUGCACUCUCAAGUUGAAUACAUUCAAGCCCUCGAGAGAACCUCAGAAUUUUAUUCACGAACGUUGAGAGCUGUCAAGGAAUGUCCCCAGACUGAGAAGAAAAUCGCAAUAUUGGAGUUCAUUUACUCAGUCGCUACUUGGUUGAAUAUGCCAAUGAAAGAUGCCAAGAAGAAGAGUAAGGACAUUUGUCCUGUGUCUCCAGAAGUUUCUCAGUAUAUACUCGAGACUUACAGUGUGAAUAGCACUUCAGGAAGAUUACGACCAGUGACAGUACGCGACAAGGCCCUCAUUCACUGCCUGAUCCUGACCCUCAUGAUAUCCAACUUCAAACUAGAUCUGGAGAUGUUCGCGACUCUCCUAACAGGCCGAUUGGGUCUGAAGAAGCUACUCGAACUGGCUAGAUUAAUUGGUGCAGUUUCAGUCAAAACUGAUAAGAAGAUAGUCUUCCUAAAGGUGCCACUACCAGCCGCCCCAACCCUGGUGCAUCGUGGAAAGAAGAAAAACAUGUAAAAUAAAAGCUAGAGUAAUGAAUUUUAUACUUCUUCGGUUUUAACGGGCUAAAUAAAUGAUAAGAUAUUUUCA